ACAGAGAAAGGAGGAAGCCAAAUCGUAGGAGCAGCUUCGUCGGUGGUUCCUUGAGCACUUUGAGGCGCCUAAUUGCUGUAAAACUGUCGUAUCAUUCGCGAGCGGUUUUCUGAUAGAGGAAAUCGAUAUAAUUGCCCGGCCGCGUAAGGACCGCGGCUCAGUCUUUGUCGCGGUCUCCACGAACGAUGAAAACCUACCGGAAACCACCGGUGGCUACAGUGCUACUGCUGCUGGUGCAUUUGUUUACGUCUCAGAUCGGUGAUGCAGCCGCAGAGCGCGACGACACGAGCAUCUCGAGCGUCGAGAAGCCUCCCGGAAAAGUCAUCCUGGAGGAGAUGAUCAUCACCGGAAGCGGAGACGACACUCGAAUGACCGCGGACGCGGUGGCGAAGAAUUCUACGCAGAUCGAGGAUGAAAUACUCUCGCUUCUAUCGAAACGUGAGAUACGUAAGCGACAUGCAAGGCGGCCUUCGUCGAAAUCAGAUCAGGAUGCAAAUCAAUCGAGCACCGUGAUCGUCGAUGUAAGGAACGAUGAGGUCGAUCUGGAGAGGCUGAAGCACGCCAUCGCGGAAUACGAGCCGCGGAGAAUCGUCUCGAGAAAAACGAAGAGGAAAAUCGUCGACGGUCUAAACGCUACUCACGAUGUACGCGGGAUAAGCGGAGAAUCCGCGGGAUCAGCAAAUGAAGAUCUCCAGAGAACCUACCACGAAGUGUUGCGUAACAUUUCGCAAGGAAUGCCCACAAUAAUCGCGACCAACGCCGGCGCGGCGACGUUCAACCCUUACUUAUCCCAGGCGACGAAGAGUUUGAAGCAAACCCGUGUACCAGAAGUGACAGCGUCCACCGAUGACGCCGAGAAAUCAUCAAGUCUUGACAUUAAUUCUUCUUACACGCCGCUCGCCACCUUGAAGAGUAAGAAAACGAAGAAGUUACUCAAAAAAUAUUUGCAACCAAAUCGCACUGCUACGGCUUCUGGGCUUUCAUCGAUCGGCGGAUCAAAGCCUGACGAAGAAGCUGGUAAUAAUGGAUCGACCGAAGUCAGUGUACCCAGCAGGAAGCCGAAGAAUGUAUCUUUAUCUACUCAAUCACCAUCGAACGCUUAUUCCAAUCCAACGGAAAAACCUAGGAACCUUCGUCAGUGGAACCUUCAAGAGUCCUCGACUACGAUACCUUCAUUUAUUUCCCCUAAUAAUAGUAACGCUUACAACGUUCUCAGCAUAUACAAUUUGAACGUUCCGAACGGUGCAAACAACCUUUAUUUACCGAGAUAUAAGGCGAUGCCAAGGCCGUUCUCCAUCUCGCAACUGCCCAACUCACCCGUUACCAAUAAUCUCGAGGUGUCACAUCCGAAGCCGAGUUCUUCAUCGGUCAAUCUUGACCCCCAAUCGAUCACCCGUUCGUCCGGAAACGUUCUUCCGCUGGUUCUGCCAACAGAUCUCUUCAAUCCAGCUGCAACGCGUCGUUACGUGCCGAUAAAGCGCGCGAAUCGCGUCAAUCCUAAUGGAAACUCCAUGAUCAUCACCGAAGCGAGUCCGUCGACGAGUCCCUUGGGAGGAGGAAUUACCUUUGAGAAGUCAAGUGCAGAUUAUGGUGCACCUUACGCGAACGUAAUUGGCACUGCGAGGAAUCCCCCGGUCGCUGCUAAUGGUCACCAAAGCUCCCGCAGGUUGGAUUAUUAUCCAAUUAUGGGAAAUCCAGCAGAACGGACCGUCGCGGAAACGACGAAGACUGCGACGACUUACGUACCUGGUCAAACAUCGGCUUUGUACGAUCUGCAGCGACUGAAGGACCCGCAGGUCAUUCGCAAGAACGGUUUUCUGCCCAGGAUCGAUACUCACGGUAGUCCUGAUGUCGGAAAGUCGGACCCGAACUUCAAUAUUGGACUCGCGCUGUACAAUAAAUUUGCGAACUUGUACUCGGCUAAUGCACCGAAAGCAGUGACGCAAGAUUAUCAAAACUUUCAGCAACCGACUUCGCCCUCGCACACGGCAACAGUCUCGCAACAAGUACCUGCGUUUUCUUAUUACGUAACUCUGAAACCCAAAUCUCCUCCGUUGCCGAAAAUCCGGCCGAAUGUUUCCGUUAAACCUGCGCUCGCGCCGUAUUUCGACAGUAAACUGCUCGCUUUGCAAGACGUGAGCGAAAAAGAAUCUAAUAGUAAUAAAGAGAGCGCCGAAACGAACGAGCAAUCUCGUGUCGAAGACAAGGAUGAGACUGAAAAUGGAACUGUCGAUAAUAGGAACAAUCUUGGAAAUUAUCAAACUCGAAUUAAUCACGAAGUUUACAAAGUUGACAAAACGCCGAACCAGCAACAUGAGAAAGACGAUAGUGAAGAAGAUCAGCAGCAGAUACGCGAUUAUGGACAUCAGAAUAAGCAACAGCGUGAUGAAAAUGACGAGCGUAAUGAGCAUGAAAGCAUUCAUCUCGAGAAUGACGGAGAUGAAGAAGAGUCUGAUGAGACGCAAGGAGAUGAAUACGUCGGUAUCGGAGAGAGGGAAAAUGGACAAAAUCGCAAUUAUUAUCAUCAAUAUGGCAGACACAAAUACGAUCAAGAAGAUUCUGAAGAAGAGCAGCAACGUGAUGAUCGUGAUGAUGAUAAAGAGCAUGAAAAUCGAAAGAAUCAUCGCAAUAAAAGCGAUCGUCGAACCGAUGUCAAGCAGAAAAUUGUGAACAAGGAAAAAUAUCCUGACUUGCGAUAUGAUGAUGACGAAAAUUAUAAACAGGAUAAAGAAUAUCGCAAUCGCUACGAUCGAAAGAAGUCAGCGCGCAAUGAUCGACGCAAGAAAAAUCGGCAAGAUCACAGACGCGAGGAUCCUGAAGAUGAAAGCAUUACCGAAGAUAAACUAGUCGCUCAACAUUCCAAAAAUCAAGAUGGACCACGCAAAGAAUACGAAAAGAAACGAAUUGAUGACAGUUAUACGGCGCACAAGUAUCGUCAUUAUGAAACACCACAAAAAGAUUCACGCCAUGAAGAACACAGACGUGAGGAAUACAGUGAAACUAAUCCUAAACACGUUCGUAAAGAGUAUCAUCAUCAUCAUCAUCAACCUGCUAAAGAUGAUCAUCAUGAUCAUCAUAGACACGAUGAUGAAAAUCAUGAUAAACAUCAUGACGAUCAGGAAGUCUAUGAUCACAUUCACGGCGAGACUCAAGAACAUGCACACAAACAUAAGGAACACCAUGAGAAAAAGAAAGAUGAAGAGGAUCAUAAUUUCGAGAAGGGCGAAGGUUCAGAACUUGAAGCGGAACAUCACGGACAUGAGGGAGAAAAAGGACACAAGGGUUACAAGGUCUGGCACGAACACGAUAAGACCGAAAAGGGUCACCACGACAAGGAACACGCUACCAAAGAGUACGAUGAGAAAGACGGCGAAGAGAAAAAGCACGAGGAAGAAGGUGGAUAUCACGAGGAACAUCAUCAUGGCGGAAAGGGUGAAAAGACGGCAGAAUUUGAUGAAAAGGGCGAACACAAGAAGGGUCACAGUACGCACGGCGAACAUUCAGUGCAUAAGAAGGACGAGUACGAGAAGAAGACCGAGUUCUUCGAUGAGUUCCACGAGGAUGGCGACAUGGAGAAGCACGGCGAACAUCAUCACGAGCACGAGUCGAAGAAGGGAGGCCACGAGAAGAAGGGCCACCACGACGCCGCCAACCACGAGGAGAAAUACGGCAAGAAGGAGAAGCACGAGAAGGGCGAUCACCAUCACGAGCACAAAGGCCACAAAGUCGAGGAGGGCCACGAUCAUCAUCACGAUCAUGAUGAGAAGUACGGCAAGAAGGAGGGGCACGAACACGGGAAGAAGUGGAGCUUCAAAAAGGGCGACGACGGUGGAAGCGCAGGCGGCGGUCACAAGCACGAUCGCUGAGCUGGAAGACGUUAAAAAUAAUGGAGACGAUAAUUUUAUAACGAUCGUCACGAUAUUCAUGAUUUUCGAUUCUGCGUCGCUUCUGAAGCAAAUUG